AUGAUAACGAAUUGUGCACCGUGUCCUCGAUGUGGUAAACUUGUGUCAGUUAAUAAUCUGUCAUCUAUCAGUGAUACUCUAAAUAAUAUGCUUCGAAAACUUCGAAUCGAAUGUACACUCUGUGGACAGACGGAAUUAUUACGAGGAAAUUUCGAUGAUCACAUCAACCAAGAAUGUCCCAAUGUUCGUGUGUCUUGCCCAGCAAUGAAUAACAAAUGUCCAUGGAUCGGACAACGAAAUGACCUUAAAAAUCAUAUAUCCACAUGUGUUUUCCAUCAGCCUCCAUUGGUAGUUGCUGAAAUAGCAGCUGCAACAAAACUAUCAACAAAAGAUUUCUUGUCAAAGCAACCGAUAUCAUUUGAAGAAAAAAGUUAUUAUGAGGAAUGUAAAGAAUAUUAUCACAUUACAGGAAAACCAUUAAUAUCUAUUGCUGAAGAAGUGUUUGAUAAUAAUAUUGAAUUAAAAUCAUCAUCACUUAAAAUUGGUAUUGAUGAAGAGUGUAAUCAAUUUGAUUUACAAAGUUUUUUGACCCAGUUUUGUAAUAAAUUAGAUAUAAACAUAGAUGAUAUUGUUGUGAAACAAAUACAAGUAGGUUCAUCUAUAUUAGAAGCAGAAAUUCCUGAUAAACUCGGAUCAAAUGAUAAACAACUUCGUUUAAAAAUGAUAUAUCAAUCAAUUACAGAUAAAUUACAAGAAGAAUUUGGUAAAAUGAAGAUUUUUUUCCUUUUUAUGGGUCCUAUUAAAUCAUUAUUUAAAAUACAAAAAUAUCGUACAGAAAUAAAACUCAAUCCACAAUAUAAUCGUAUAUAUGAUCGUGAUUAUAACUAUUGGGAAGGUCCUCUUCAUGAUGGAAGAGAUCGUGGAAAUAAACCAUAUUAUUGUCCUAUUGGAUGGAAACGCUGUUCACUUUAUGUUACUGAUAAAUUUUAUGAAAAAUUUAAAGGAUGGUGCAUAUGCUAUCAUGGUACAAAAUUUUCCAAUGGUUUAUCUAUUUUAUUGAGUGGAUUAAAACCAGCACGCAUAAAAGCAUAUGGCGAUGGAAUAUAUGCUACUCCAUCUGUUAACUAUGCAUCUCAUCCGCGAUAUUCUGAAAUCAUGCCUAUUGAUUCUUCACAUCAAAAAACAUUUUUUAAAUCUGGCAAAUAUCUACAAUUUAUACUAGAAUGUCGUGUUCAUCCAAAUAAUAUUAAAAAAACAGAUGAGGAAACAUUGAGCGUGAAGGACGGUACCACUAUUGAUUCAAAUAUAAAAAAUGAAGAUAUUGAAUGGGUUAUUGAUAAUCGAAAUAAAACUAUCGUAGACUUUAAUGAUCCAGACUCGUCGAUCAUUUGUACAGGAUUAUUAAUACGUGUUACAGAUAAUCAUCCUGGUUUAUUACCUCAAUCACAAUGGUGGUUUAAUUCACAUCUAUGUGAUUAUAAAAAAUGUUGUGCGUUAGGCAUCGACCUUGAUAGUCUUGAAGGGCAACGGCAACAUGAAAAUAAAUGUAACAUUAUCUAUGAAUAA